AUGAUUCAAAAAUUCUCCUUAGAAGUUCUCGUUACCGUUCUAGGAUGCAUAAAUGUAGUGACAUCCAGCCAUUUUCGUGGUGGUUCAAUCUUCUGGAAACCUACUGGUAACAGUUACGAGGUCGAAUUCAGUGCUAAGCUAGGUUGGGCAUAUAGAACAUAUUCGUGUAGUUCAAGUAACCUUAACGUGUACCAACCCUCAUCCAUCGUUGACUGGAAAUGCGUUUCUGGGUGUCCAGUUCACGGGACGAUUGUUAACGCCAAGAGGCCUGGGCUUACAUGCACUGGGUUUGAAGCUUUGCAAAAUUGGGAGAGGACUGAAAGCACUUUCAGUUACGUCUUUCCUGCGCCAGGACCUUACGUCAUUGAGUUUACGGGUGGAUAUUGGAUUGGCGCACUAGGAAGUGGAGACUGGAGAUUACUUACAACUGUGAAUUUGCAUACACGUUCAGACACUCUCGCCCCCAACACCAGCCCCGUUGUGCCAUCCAAACCUGUAUACUAUGUUAAAUACGGAUGUAAGGAGACGCUCCGGUUACCAGUGUCUGAUGCAGAUGGUGACAACGUGGCAUGCAGAUGGUCUACGGGUACUGAGUGUGAAAGUAUUUGCUACUCUGCAGGAAAGGCUCCAGUAGCAACUCUUCAAACGAAUUGUGAUUUGACAAUAGAUGCUACCCACAAAAAAUCUGGCGUCUACGCCUUGGCAAUUACGAUUGAGGACAAACCUACAUCAACAAUAACUAUCGGGAGCACAACGUAUGCACCGUCGAGGGUUAUAUCAUCGGUGCCUUUACAGUUUGUUUUGGAGACACCCGACCUUCCUACCAGGUCUUGCUCUGACAAGCCCAUUUUUUUGGAUCCAACUCCAUCACAAAACGACGUUCUUGUUUACAGACCAGGGGAUAUUGUUUAUCUGAGCUUCUAUGCAACAUCAAGGGCGGCAACGAUAAAAUCAUUCAGCCUUCUUGAUCCACCAACCAAUGUGAGACAGUCUGCUCUGCGCAAUGACGACAUGUUCCGGCCUGAUGUUUAUGCAAUGGACCUCACAUGGACACCAUUGCAUGCUGACAAGGGCUCUAAAACUAUCUGUGUUGAGGCGACAGACAACUUCUUGUAG